AUGAAGGAUGAAGAAGGUGUUGUUUCACAAAGGGGUUUGAUAGCAUUGGCACAGGGCUGCCUAGAACUUGAGUACUUGAUGAAUAAGGUGGGUCCUUUGUUAUUUGGGUUGGUGUUUUGGUGUCUUCCGUUAUCUGGGCCAAUGUCAACGAUGACAAAGACGGGUCUUCUGCUAUCUGGGUGGGUAAAUUCAACGAAGAAGACGGGUCCUUUGGUAUCUGACAUGAAGAAGAAGAAGGGUCUUGUGGUUUCUGAGAUGGAGGGUUGA